GUGGCCCAAGUGGGAUGGGCCCGUGUGCGCCCCGCCCCGCUCCGCCUGUGGGAAGCGGCUAUUUGGCUACCUGCAGGAAGGCGUGUAAGUAGGGGGCGUGGCUAACAGCGCACGCUCUCUCAGGAGCCAAUAGAAUAGUAGAACAGGCAAGCGCUUCCGGGCUGCGAGGGGAAGGGUGGGCUAAGAUGGCGGCGGACACAGGGAGCUGGUGCGUGUACGCAGUGCUGCGAUUUUUUUAUUCACUCUUCUUUCCUGGACUAAUUAUAUGUGGAGUUCUGUGCAUAUACUUGGUCAUUGGCCUUUGGGUUAUCAGGAGACAUCUACAGAGGAAGAAAAAGUCAGCCUCAACCAGCAAAAAUGGAAAAGAUCAAAUGGUGGUUGCAUUUUUCCAUCCAUACUGCAAUGCAGGCGGAGGAGGAGAGAGAGUUCUGUGGUGUGCUUUGAGAGCCCUGCAGAAAAAAUAUCCUGAUGCAGUCUAUGUUGUGUAUACUGGUGACAUUCAUGUCAGUGGUCAACAGAUACUGGAAGGUGCUUUCAGAAGGUUUAACAUCAAGUUGGUUCACCCAGUGCAGUUUGUUUUCUUAAGGAAACGCUACCUUGUGGAAGAUUCUCGCUAUCCUCACUUCACAUUGCUAGGCCAAAGUCUUGGAUCCAUUCUUCUUGGCUGGGAAGCUCUGAUGCAGCGUGUUCCCGAUGUGUACAUCGAUUCGAUGGGCUACGCCUUCACACUGCCUCUGUUUAAGUAUGUGGGAGGUUGCCGCGUUGGGAGCUACGUUCACUAUCCCACUAUCAGCACGGACAUGCUGUCUGUGGUGAAGAAUCAAAAUCCUGGAUUUAAUAACGCUGCUUUCAUUAGCAGAAACGCUCUCCUCAGCAAAGCAAAGCUCAUCUAUUACUAUUUAUUUGCUUUUGUUUAUGGCCUUGUUGGAUCUUGCAGUGACAUAGUCAUGGUUAAUUCUUCAUGGACACUAAACCAUAUUCUCUCACUGUGGAAAGUCGGGCAUUGCACUAACAUUGUUUAUCCACCUUGUGAUGUGCAGACAUUUCUGGACAUCCCUUUACAAGAGAAAAAGGUGACCCCAGGGCAUUUACUGGUUUCCAUUGGCCAGUUCAGGCCGGAAAAAAAUCAUGCUUUGCAGAUCAAAGCCUUUGCUAAGUUGCUAAAUGAGAAGGCAGCUGAGUCCCGCCAUUCUCUAAAACUUGUCCUUAUUGGAGGAUGUCGCAACAAAGAUGAUGAGUUUAGAGUAAACCAACUGAGAAGACUGUCUGAGAAUUUGGGAGUUCAAGAAAAUGUGGAAUUUAAAAUAAACAUUUCAUUCGAUGAAUUGAAGAAUUACCUGUCUGAAGCAACAAUCGGUCUGCAUACCAUGUGGAAUGAGCAUUUUGGGAUUGGAGUUGUGGAGUGUAUGGCGGCCGGUACAAUUAUCCUCGCACACAAUUCCGGAGGCCCAAAGCUUGACAUCGUCAUUCCUCAUGAAGGACAGAUAACUGGAUUUCUGGCUGAGAGUGAAGAAGGCUAUGCUGAAACCAUGGCCCAUAUUCUCUCUCUGUCCCCAGAAAAGAGACUUCGAAUCAGGGAAACUGCUAGAGCAUCUCUGAGCAGGUUUUCCGACCAGGAGUUUGAAGUAGCAUUCCUGUGUUCCGUGGGAAAGCUGCUUACUUAAUGCCCAGUCUGCACAUUCUCGAUGUUUCAUACAGCGUGGAGCUGGAGACAGUGGGAGAGCCUGGACUUGGUGUGUGCAAGUCCCUAGUUCCACCUCCAGCGCCAAAAGUAAAAGGAAAUACCGUCACGUGUAAAUAUUUUCUAACUUUAUUCUUUAUUGUAAUAAAAGCAGCCUGAACAAUAUUCUUAGCAACAUGUGUAUAGACAGGACAGUAGUUAACAAAAACGGCAGAAUUAAUCUAUAUGGAAAACGUAA